AUGUCGCCUCCUGAUACUAUAAUCGGCAACUUGAACCCUAGCUUGGCGAAUCCAGAAGCACCAAGUAAGCGCAGAAGACUCAACUUCGCCUGUAAUUAUUGCAGAAGUAGGAAAUCGCGCUGCGAUGAGCAGAAGCCGUCCUGUCGAGCAUGUCUCAACGCCGGCAUCCCGUGUGUCACUGUUGAUAGACGGCGGCCCGGUGUCGCCAUUACGCGACACGAGGCCGGUGGUACAUCUGAUAGCCAGAUACCUGCGAACCCUGCCGUACAAACAAACACCCGGAGAUGUGCAGCUAUAGAAGCCUCCGGAGAGGCGAUCCCGGUCAUCAUCCCUCCAAUGCAUCACAGAAGGCCCAGUCUAGCUGUCCCCCUAACACCUCGGUCAGCAUCCGAGUUUCACGAAGAAACCCAACAUGACACAUCUUGGAAACCACAGACAUACGGAAAUAGUCGAAACGCGGAUCCUACCGCUGACAUGCACGCCGAGACUGACCAUGUAAACCAAACAACGAGAUAUUCCGGCCGGCUGCCCAUUCUACGACCGAGCACUGGAAGUUGUACAUCAGAACUGUUGACAGAUUGGCUGGAUUUGGCUUUCCAAAGACUAGGAAUAAAAAAGCGUUUCAGUUCUCUUCUGCUAUCCGCUGAAUCUUCUGGAUCAAUACAGAAGCCGUCCUUACAGCUGGAUACACCAACUCUACCAGAUCCAGCCACGAGCCAGGAGCUGUUAUUUCUUUAUCUAGAAGAGAUCAAUGCAGUUUUCCCUCUAUUGGACGCGGCAAAUACAAGUCAGUUGCUCGACCUUGCGAUACAGCUGGGCCCGACUCAGUUCACUCACGACCAUGGAUUUUUGCCACUUCUGAUCAUCUAUGUAGUGCUUAGCCUCGGCGCUCUGGGCCAUGAUCGAAAAGAGUGGCGCGAGUUCUCAGCCGGAAACCUCGACUAUUGCAAGAACUUUGUCGGCCACAUGACCGGAUGGAACAACCUGCAGACCGUCCAGCUGUUGUUUCUGAUGUCACUAUGUUUCAAGGCCCACGAUCAGAUCACGGCCGCGUGGUCCGCGCUGAGCCUCUGCGUUUCUAUGGCCAUGUCACAGGGGUUGAACCGGCCCGUAUCGACACCUCGGCGCCCAUCGACUCAGUCGUUGGCGAUGCCUGAUCUGGAAGUGGAUAGAUUACGAACGUGGUGGUGCAUAUUCUGUCUCGAGAGGUUACUCGCCUUCGAGCUAGGAAGGCAGCCUCUGAUUUUCGAUGAGAGCUGUCAGGAACUGGACCUAGGUAGCUGGUCAUUUUCGACCAAUGGGCGAGGUCAUCCGCGGCCAUCUUUCUUGCGCAUACUGGGCCAAUUUGCUGGCAUCCUUGGCGAGAUUGGGCGCUCGGCGGUGCGCUCAAGGAAUACCGAGGAGACAUCCGGGAGUAGUGGUAUUGACGGCGCGAUUCGAGACAAGGUCAAGACGAUUGGCGAGUCAUGCGCCAAGUUAAUGAAGUGGGCCGAUGGCUUGCCCGAAGAGUAUAGACCGCGGUCUGACUUCAUAUAUGAUCCUGGAAGCUUUCCAUUUGCAUCAUUCAUCGCAUUGCAGUAUAACCAGUCGUUGCUGAUGCUCAUGCGAAACAGCCUUCUGGUAAGCAGCAAAGCCAUACAGCUGGCAAUCGACAAUGUGGCAGUCGGAAAGCCAUGGGAGUAUGUAAUUCGCAAGGGACCAUCCAUUGUUGCGAAUGCUGCAAGGAGGACAGUGCAGCUCCUCAUCGAGGCAUCCGAAUCGGAAUUGAAACCUCUCCUGCCUUCUUUAUCGGCGCCGCUGCAUGCAUUAUAUGUUCUCUCGAUAAUUAUUAUAACAAACCCAAAGUCAAGAAUGGCGAAAUCAGAUCUCAACUUCAUCCAUGAUGCGGCCGAUUUCGCGAAGCAGCAAGGCGAACUUUCUUCCACGAACAGCAAAUUACAGGGAGUACUUGACAAGCUUGAGUCUCUAGUCAAGAAGGUCAUAUCCAACUCAGGUUCUAUAGAAAGACGACUCGCGGCAGUGCAGCACUCGGGCACAGCGACGCCCGGUUCCAUGAGCUCGGGGACGGCCGUUGCUGACACUGCAGCCCCUCAGAAUCAAGCGACGCACUCGCAGCUUGGAGGGCCGCACAGCCUUAACAGAACUCCAAUGGAUCUGAUGAAUAUUGAUUUCACUGCAGUAUUCGGGGAGUCGCCGACAUUAUCACAUGAUGCGGGACUGUCGCCCGAGGUGACGCGUGAUAUCGGCUGGGACUGGGUUGAAUUCGCGCACUUAUUCCCAGAAUCCUUGGGGGCGACUUGA